CAGUCUCGGGAAGUUCCUCCGCAUUCCUGCCAUACACACACACAAAGACAGAUAGCUGGGAGGAACCACACACUCUGAGGCUGGGUAAGUGUGUUGUUCCUGGUUUCUUUUCAGGAAAACUGUUGUCUUCAUGUUUAUCUGUGUGUUUGUGUGUGUGUGUGUGUGUGUAUGUGUUCAAACAGGAGUUUGGAGGGGGUGUGGGCCUGCUGCUGUGAGACUGCAGACUGGAAGCUCAUCAUCAACAUUCUGACAGUUUCACCAAACUAUGAGUAGUUCUUCAAAGAUGAGCUGACUUGCUCUCCUGUUGGGACUUUCCUUUUCAGUCUCACCAUGAUUAAAGCAGGAGACGAUGAAGGUGAUGGUGGCAGCAGUACUGAAACAUCCCAGCAGUCAGAGGAUAAGAAUCCAGCAGAGAAGGCCCUGACCAAACUGAGCGCUACCACUAUUGGACCAGGUUGGACUAAAGUUAGUUGCCCCUGCUGUGUUUCGAAGCAGGUCGAACCGCUGGUUCUGGUGAAGCUUGGAGAGAAAGUUCGCCCUGAGACAAAAAGGUGGCUCAUCAGACUAAUUGGAGCUCCUCAGAAAGAUGGAGGUGCUGCAUUACUGGCCCACCCGGGGGAGGAUGCCAGUGGUGACAUCAUUGUGGUCUCUGCCCCACGUUGUACGUUACUUAGAGCCACUGAAGAGCUGGGGUUAUGUAAGACUUACUUCAACGGGGACAUGGAAGCCUUCUCCUACGAUGACAGAGACAACUUUAAAGAUUCAGACAACAUGGAGUCGUUCCUGACCCUGGCUGAGCGGCAGUACAUAGUCAAGUAUGAACUGGAUGGUCUGCGGGCUCAGAGAGACCUGAGAAUACCCGGCCUGUCUGACAGCUCCACACUACAGCACCGAGACAACAUCUGGCAGAAGCUCGGGUCAGCUGGUGUCGUUGUGGACUCGUUUCCACUCCACAAACGGGACAAACUGAAGGAUCUCAGUGAAGCCUGGUACUCUGGGAAUCAGCUGGCUCAGCCACUGGAUUCAGUCAAUGGGUAUUUUGGAAGCUCUGUGGCUUUCUACUUCAGCUUCCUUGAUUUCUACACCUGGUCUCUACUCCCACCAGCCAUGCUGGGCCUGUCCAUCACAUACUUCUCAGGCGAUGUUCAGAAGGAGAUAGGGGAGUCAUUCUCAGGCUCACGGGGCACAAGUGAUGAAGAUGACUCAGGAUCAGCUGUCAGUGGUCACAUGAUCCAGGCGGUGUUCAGCAUGCUCUGGUCCACUGUGGUUAUGGAGCUGUGGAAGCGUCGCAGCGCCUCCCUGUCCUACCGCUGGGGGACUCUGCACAUUGCGGAACGCUUUGCAGAGCCCCGACCUGGUUUCUAUGGCAACAUCGGAGUCAAUCCAGUGACUGGUCGUGUGGAGCCACUCUUUCCUGAAUGGCAGAGGGACCUGCGUAUGGCACUGGUGUCAGUCCCAGUGGUGGGACUAUUUCUAGGGUUGGUGGUUGUGGGUAUGGUUUGUUUCUACUGGGGCGAGGCCCAGGUGCAAGAGCUACACAAAGACUGGGGCUCUCUGCUGUCUCAGACUUUGCUCUACAUGCCCUCAGUGCUUCACAUCGUCUAUACAAACGUGCUGGCGACGGUUUACAAGACGGUGGCACAGUCUUUGACUGAGUAUGAGAACCACAGAGAGCAGUCUGCCUUUGAGAACCACCUGACAGGCAAAGUCUUGGUGUUCACCUUCUUCAACUACUUUGCAGUCCUCUUCCACAUUGCCUUCUUCAAGCAGGAUGUGCCUUUGCUUCGUAAGCGUCUAGCAUCUUUGCUGAUAAUAACCCAGCUGAUAAACCAGGUGACAGAGGUGGUCAUACCUUUCCUGGUGGACCGGUUCAUCAGUGCCCCCCAUAGGACAGAGAGUGAAGACGACCCACAGGAGGACAAAUUUAGGAACCAAAGCACCCUGCCUGCUUUCCCUGGCUUGUUUGCUGAAUACAUCGAACUUCUGGUGCAGUUUGGGUAUUUGAGUCUUUUCUCCUGCGUCUACCCUCUGACGGCCGUACUGCUGCUCAUCAAUAACCUGACGGAGAUCCGAUCAGACGCUUACAAGAUCUGCAAACUCUUCCGCAAACCUUGCUUCCCCCCUGUGGCUAACAUGGGCGUGUGGCAGAUUGCUUUCGAGGCCUUGAGUUUUGUCUCCGUUGUGUCCAACUGCUGGCUACUGCUGCUGUCACCACGGUUACAUAAGUUGUUUCAGGAGGGUGGGAUGAGCAGCACAAACAUUCUGCUGUUGGCUGUUUUUGUGGAGCAUGUGCUGAUCUUGGUUAAGGUAAUUUUGGCGGUACUGAUCCCUGAUGAACCGGACUGGCUCCGCAAAAAAAGACAACAUAUUGAGUACAAAUCCAUGCAGGCUUUGAGAGAGCAGAAGCUGCAGGUUGAAGAGUCCUGAUUGUGUUUCAAAGUGUUGGGGUGAUGCUUUAUGCUUUCCUGUGCUGAGCUGCUAAAACAGGAAGAGUACCGGUACCAGCCUGAGUGUUAUGGAGGCCCAGACAGGACACAAGUCUGGGAUCUCCAGCAGGGCCCACAAUACAUACCGAUGUGCCCCUAAUGCUCCCCUGUAUACUCGUCCAGUGUUUUUGCUGCUCUCACUAAUUAACAUGGUGCUUCUGCAAUGUACACCUUUUGAAAUGCACACUCAUGUUACGUGUACACUGCAAGUGCAAUUGGAACAGCAGCUAAAUUUUUUUUUUUCAAAUAUUAGACAGCAAAUGGAAUGUGUUGGUUGUGUGUGUCCUUUAAAAAGACUCUUAUAAAAGAGGUCUUCAAAAGGUUUAAUCAGAUUUAAUGAGCUGAAGAGCUCUUGUAAAAUCACUGUGGCUACAGUAAGUACAGAAGAUAUUUGCAGUUGUGAGGGACAGACAGAACACAGUAUUUGAAGUCACUGGGAGGGUUUGAAAAGUGAAAAAAAAGGUAGAAUACUUGACAAAAUGUUCCCUGUUUCUCUUCUGGAGAACUCUUUCAGGAGUGUUUUUGCUCAGUGCUAUAACCUAGUGAUAAGCUACAGUUUGUGUUCAGGAGGACAGUAUCAUCACUGGAGUGAUUAUCAUAAGACACAAAGCUAGAAAUAUAAUUGGCAGUCUGUGUUUAAAGCUGAUCUAAUCAAUAUUUUAAAGAAAGGGUUGGCUCACAACAGCAUCAUCAUCACCAGUGCAGAUCUGCUCAAUCCAGCACAGCAUUUAAGCAUCUUUUAGCUCUUUUCUGGCCUGCAACUUUAACAAUUUGAUCAACUCUCUCAACCUGUUUUCAGUAAAAAUGAAACCCACCUUACACGUUACACAGCAUCAGGCAGCAGACAAAGUAUGUGUUGAGCAGGUGAGCACAGGUAAACAGCUUAGCAGCUAAAGAGUGAGAUAUCUCUGUAGGACAUGGUAGAGACAGACAAACUAAAGGAGAGUAAAUAUUUAUUUUUGUCAGGUGGAUAGAAACCAGAGGUGGAAGAAGUACUCAUGUUUUGCACUUAAGUAAAAGUUCAAUACCACAGUGUAGAAAUACUCUGUUACUUUAAGUAAAAAAGUCAUACAUUUAAAUUUUUACUAUAGUAAAAGUCCAAAAGUAUUAGCACCAAAAAAAUACUUAAUAUACCAAAAGUAAAAGUACUUAUUGUACAAAAUGUCAUAUUUCAGAUUGAUGUAUAUCACUGGAUUACUCAAAUGAAUGCUAAUGUUGAACUGUCUCUGUUGGAUGUGUAAGCUAUAAUUAGCUAUGCCCACUUUGGAAAGAGAUAAUAUGCUAAUUGAAAUUACAGGUCGAUGUAGUGCCUCCAAGCCACCAAAAAUAUCUUGGAUCAUAAUCCUUCAACUAAACUUUCAGUCUUUAUUUUGGAUAGAAGUAUUGUGUCAGGUGACUUUAGCUUUCAGUCAGUACUGACAGCGAAAAAAGUGAAAUGCUGAGAGGGAAUUUAGUACCACAGUUAAGAAUUUUGCACAUUGGUCUAUAACUGUUCUGCAGUAAUAGGUAUAUUAUCUGUUGUUGUACCAAAUUAACUUGUUGUCUGAAUUGACAGGUGCUUCUGGUUGAGCAGUUGCACUUGCACACUCUCUUGAUGAUGCUGUCCAUUUCUCAUGGCUAGAGGACUAUGUGACAUGUGCAACAAUAAACUACAUGCCAUGAUUUGACUUGCAGUGAAAGUGAUGAGGGGCUACCAAAGAACCAUUAUGUGCUUUGCUUUUAGAAAUGUAUUAUAUUUUUAUGGUUGGAUUUCACUCUUCACUCAAUUAUUCAUCUGCUCUGUGCCUUUAGGAAUGAUUGCUUGAGUUUACUGCUGCAGCAACUAAUUCACCUUAUAGUCUAAUACUUUAAAUUCAUACUACGACGUUACUCUUCACUGAUGGCAUAUUUGAUUUAAUAUAAUAAGUGUGCAGAUUAAUCCAGUGAGAUGGUUCACUUACUGUUUAUUCUGCUUCACAGAAGUGUGUUGUUCACUUUGAAAGUUAAUGCUUUUAGGCAUUAGUACUCUUUCCAGCCACCAGGAGGCACUAUAGACCGAACAUUUUACCCAGCGUGUUCUUUUCACAAGCUGUGUUGGAUGACUGGAUAUGUGUGUGUGUGUGUGUGUGUGUGUGUGUAUACGUGUAUUCCUGUAGUUGUAGGGACAAAACUCUGUUUCCACAGUCACGUUGUAAGGACUCACCUUAUCCCCUUCUGGGGACAAAAUGCAAGUCCCACAACAUAAAUCAUUAAAUAUUAGGGUGAAGGCUAUAAGGUCAGGUUGAGGUUAGGGUUUGGUUAAGGUCAGGGUUAGGAUUAGGCAGGUAAUGUUUAUUGUUAUGGUUAGGAGGUGGUAGGGUUAGGGUUAGGAAAUGAAUGUAUGUCUGUGUGAUGUCCCCAGAAGUGAUGGAAACACGACUUUGUGUGAGUGUGUGUGUGUGUGUGUGUGUGUGUUGAAGUUAGACAAUCUGGUCCCAGGAUCAGGAUUUCAGUUUGAAAACAGAGAUGAUGAUGUUUGCUGGUUGUCCUACAAUAAACUCACAGAAAGAAA